AUGAGCCUCUCCAAGCUCGCAGAAUUUGGCACUCGCCAUGUCGCCAAGGGCAUCGGUAGGCUGGCGACCGAGGUGAUCGAGAGCGGCAGCGGCAGCUAUGUGACGAUGGCGGGCGGGCGCAAAAUGCUCGAUUUCACCUGCGGCAUUGGCGUCGCCAACCUGGGCCACUGCCAUCCCGCCGUGACAAAGGCCGCUCAGACCCAGGCUGGGAAGAUGGUGCAUGCCCAGGUCAACAUUGCCUUCCAACGACCGUAUCUAGAGCUCAUCCAGUCGCUCUUACCGCUUAUGCCGCACAAAUCCCUGGAUACAUUUUUCUUCUGGAAUUCCGGUUCUGAGGCGGUUGAAGCCGCCGUGAAACUUGCUCGACAUGCCACCAAGAAGCAGAACAUCAUCGUUAUGCAGGGAUCAUACCAUGGACGCACAUUCGGAACCAUGGCAAUGACACGGUCGAAGACCAUCUACGGCGAGAAUUAUGCCCCGCUCAUGCCUGGAGUCUUUGCUGUGCCCUUCCCUUACUGUGCACAGUGCCCCAUUGCCUUGCGCUGUGGUGGAAAGUAUCACUCUGACAACUGUUGUAUGGACCCGGUCGACCAACUGGAACUCCUCCUUCAACGAGAGACUGCACCGUCAGAUACGGCGGCUAUCUUUAUCGAGCCCGUUCUCGGUGAGGGCGGCUAUGUGCCCGCCGUCCCCGACUACCUGAAGCGUGUGCGUGAAAUCUGCGACAAGCACAACAUUCUCCUCGUUGCAGACGAGGUGCAAUCAGGGUUUGGACGCACGGGCAAAAUGUUCGCUAUUGAGCACUACGGCGUUCGACCGGAUAUCUUGGUCAUGGCCAAAGGGAUUGCCAACGGUUUCCCACUGUCUGGCAUUGUCUCGCGUAAGGAACUGAUGGACACCCAGAAGCCUGGCUCGAUGGGCGGCACAUACGCAGGAAACGCCGUGUCGUGUGCGGCUGGAAUCGCUGUGGCAAAGGCAUUCAAGGACGAAAACAUCCUCGAAAACGUGAACGUGCGCGGCAAGGAGUUGCUCGGCAUGCUCCAGAAAGCCAAAGCUGACCAUACUGAUAUGGUCUACGAUGUGAGAGGUCUGGGAUUGAUGCUUGCAUGUGAGUUUGUCGGGGGGGGAGGAUAUGCGGCAAAGGUACAGGCCAAGUGCAUGGAGAAGGACAUGCUGAUCCUGACAACGUCCAUUUACGACACUUUACGGUUUAUACCGGCGUUGAAUAUAUCCAAAGAAGAUAUGGCCAAGGGCUGUAGCAUCAUCCGGCAAGCCAUUGAUGAAGUUGCUGGCAGCUAA